AUGGGCAAGCUCAACAUAGCUCAUCACAAGAGCUACCAUCCUUACCGACGAGACAACAUCGAACGAGUCCAACGAGAUGAAGAGGCUGCACGACUCAAGGAGGCCGGCGAAGAGCAGCGCAUGCUCCUGGCUAAAGCCAAAGGCAAGGCCAAGGAGCGAGAGCCUGGUCUGGAGGCUCUGGAAAGGCAAUUGGCUGGCAAGAGCGAUCAGCCUGACGAGACAGCUCGAGUGACCAUCGUCAGGCCCGAAGCGGAAGCAGCAAAACAAUCGAGCAUCGACACGGAUGGCCAUCUCAAUUUCUGGGCUGAUCUCGAGCGUGGCGGCACGCUGCCGGCGCAACUGGGCAACAAUCCCAGGCGCGAAGCUGACAAGCGCAAGGAGCAAGAGAAAUGGGAUGCUCAGACGACAAUGUACCUCGGCCGACCCGCCAAGGAGCUACAGCCUUGGUACACCACAAAGGAUUUGCUCAGCGGCGAGGAGCGUCGUAGAACGGAUGAGCAGAAGCUCGAGCUAGCUUACAAAGACGGCGAGAGCAAACGUACUUCGGACCCACUAUCGCUUGUCAAUCACUUCCUGCAGAGACGCGAUGAGAUCAUUGCUGCCAAGGAGCAGGCAAAGCAGGACCCCUUCGGUACGACUGCACGAUCUCUCAAACCGGGUUUACUGGAGAUGCCGUUGCUUCGACCGAAACAGCGAGGGCGGACGAGGCGGUCGAGCGUGAGCCCCUCGCCACCAGCGAGCAGAGCGAAGCCUGCAGAUCCGGACGGAGAUGAGAAUGAAGAUGCAUAUGCACCGGCACCACCGCCACCCAAGCCACUCGCUCGGCAGGACCAGCAAUCCGAAGCAAGUCGGAGGGAGAAAGCAGAGCGAGAAAGAGCCAUGGCGCUCAUUCAGGCCAAGACCGGCCGUUCGGUAACGUCUACGCCAGCAAGUGAGCGGGGGUACUCAGACCAGUGGAAUAAGCUCGAAACGAGGCUAGCCAAGAACGUGCAAGCUCGGCGGUGGAACGACGAAGACCGUGAGCGUCGUCAGGCUUGGGAUACGUCUGCUCGCUACAACGAUAGACGAAGAUGA